AUGAGAUCCCCAGUAAAAAAAGAGGACAUUGGCCUCAAAACUGUCCAUCUUUAUCUCGUCUGUCUCUUUGUUUGAGUUUCUCUCUUGGUCUCUGUCUCUGUAUGUCUCUCAGUCUCUCCGGUCGUCAGCUUUUUUAGAGCAUCUCUGUCCGUCUCCUCAUGUGGUUUCAGUCUGGCAUGCUGAUUGGUUGAUUGGUGGCAGCAUUCUGCAGCAUGUGAUCGGCUUAUUAAUGGCGAAACGCUGCACAUGAUGUCAUGUGAGGAGAAAGCUGUCGUCAGUCGCAUUCAAUCAGCGCACGUUACUGUGUGUGUGUCUAAGAGAGGCUCCUCCCCACGAUGAUGUCACAGGUCAGUCAGUUUAAACGGGGAGCAGAAGGCUCGUCUUCGACAGACAGACAGGCAUCAUGUGGUGUCGAGGAUUCCUGCAGCAGACGGUCAGAUCCAUAUCGACCAGCAGACAGGCGGGCGUCCUUUUUGACGUGGACGGCGUCCUGCUUCGUGGCGGUUCGUUGAUUCCGGCUGCUCGGCGAGCUUUCCGGAAGCUUCUGGACCGAAACAACAACUUCCUGUUUCCUGUCGUCUUCGUCACCAAUGCAGGAAGCUGUCAGAGACAUCACAAGGCCCAGCAGCUGUCUCACCUGCUGGAGGUCCAGAUUGCCCCGGAGCAGGUGGUUCUUUCCCACAGUCCUUUGCAGAUGCUGAAGGCCUUUCACGACAAGUGCGUCCUAGUGUCCGGACAGGGACCAGUGACGGAUAUCGCCAACACUUUGGGUUUUCGGAAGGUUGUGAGCGUCGAGCAACUCAGAGAACAUUACCCCCUGCUGGACAUGGUGGACCACAACAGGAGACCCAAACUACCUUCGUCCCCUCUGCAGACUCUUCCAAAAAUAGAAGCAAUAAUCUUGUUCGGAGAGCCAAUCCGGUGGGAGACAAACCUGCAGCUGCUGAUCGACGUGCUCCUGACCAAUGGGAGUCCAGGUUCUGCCUACGACCCUCAGGUGCCCGCCCAGCUGCCCGUCCUCGCCUGUAACAUAGACCUGAUGUGGAUGGCUGAGGCCCCGUCACCACGGUUUGGUCACGGGAUGUUCCUGGUGUGUCUGGAGUCUGUGUACAGGAAGAUGACGGGUCGAGAGCUUCAGUACCAAGCACUGCUGGGAAAACCCAGUCUGCUGACAUACCAGUAUGCUGAGCAACUUCUCAGGCUACAGAACUACAACCGCAAACUCACCACCAUCUACGCCAUCGGCGACAACCUGAUGACUGAUAUCUAUGGUGCUAAUCUCUACAACCGCUACCUGGGUCAGCAACAUGCUGCUGUGGCGACCACAACCAAGCUUGUUGCUCAGGGAACAGGAAGUCAAAUGACGAUGGCGGUGCCGGAGGAGGAGCUGGUGUCUGCUGCUGCUCAGUGUCGCUCCAUACUGGUGUGCACAGGUGUCUAUAACCCUCGCUCACCGCUGCCUAGCGACCGCAGUGAUGCUGUCACAGAGUCAGUGUUCCAUGGUCACAGAGACCUGAAGCUGGAGCUUGACCUGGUGGAGCCCAAUCACGUGGUGGAGGACGUGGAGGCCGCAGUUGACAUACUGCUGCAGCAGGAGAGCUCGGUUACCUCUGAUCUUUGACCCCCCCUUUGACCCCCUCCACCUGACACUUGACCUCUAGAUGGAUCUCUACCAGGCAGUAAGCUCCUGUUCUACUGGGUGAAGCCAAUAUUGGAGUGUCUUAAAACGGGAAUUCUCUUUCCUGACCGGCAUGGGGCGUCUCACCUGGAGGCAAUAAGAAGUGUGGUUGUAUAGAAGUCUAUGUGAAAAGGAUCUCUGGAUUUAUUCCCUCACUAAAAGUUGUAAACACGAGUUUGUGGUCUCAAUAUCUAGGAUCAAUUCUUCUUAAAUAGAACAUGAUGUUCUUUUAGUUAAUUAUGGUCAAUUUAGAGUCAAAUAGACCCUAAAGCAGGGUAUGCCUUAGGGCGGGCCUUGGUGUGAUUGACAGGUUGCUACCACUACCAGAGACACGGUGUCUGUACAUCAGUCCUUCGCUUUCAAAACAUGGUCAGAUCCUGACAACAUGGCACCGCUGUAUCUCUAGAUGGCCACAAACCAGCAGCGAUGUGACGAAGGUCACCUCCGUAUUAAUGGGCCCCUACAACCUGCAGGACGAGAGUCACCUUCAGGGCACAGCUCAUCUUCUGUCGUGCUGUUUGCUGGUCCGCCUGUACUGUUAACUGGUAAUCAGUGAAGAGGAGUUAGCCAUUUUGUUUGUCCCGUUUGCUGAUUUAAAGCAAAUUUUAAAUAUCCGCCAAACCCCCAAAAUACUUUAAAACUUAAUGCAAAAUACUUUUCCAUUGUCUAUUGAUUUU